AUGGUCCGAAAAUCCUACAGGACCGUCGAGACAGGCGACGACAGCACGACCGUCACGGCGCCGGCCUUGGAGGUCGAGGCACCCUCGACCUUUAGCGAUGGACUCCCACUACCACAAGUUAUGGUCUUUGAUCUGGACUAUACCCUCUGGCCCUUCUGGGUAGACACCCAUGUCACCGGCCCUUUGAAGCCUACUAAAGAUGGCCUGGUGGUCAAGGAUCGUUACAACGACUCGUACGGCUUUUAUCCAGAUGUUGCGGGCAUCUUGGUCGCAAACCUAACACUCUGCACGGCCUCACGAACCCAAGCCNCCGAACUCGCCCGCGAAAUGCUUUCCUACCUCCUCGUUCCUUCGUCACCAUCAUCCUCAUCUUCAUCACCAAAAGCGCUCUCCACCUUCGACGAACUAGAGAUCUAUCCCGGAGACAAGAAAACGCAUUUCUCGCGCAUACACAAGAGGACGAAUAUUCCUUAUGAAGAAAUGUUGUUCUUUGAUGAUGAAUCGAGGAAUAAAAAUGUGGAGACGUUGGGGGUGGUGAUGAAGUUGGUGAGGGAUGGUGUUUCGAGGAAGGAGAUUGAUGCUGGGGUCAAGUUGUGGAGGGAGAGGAAUCAUAGGUUGAAGAAGGAGGAUUGA